AUGUCUCGUCAAUCAAUCCACCCUGAGCGACCACUCUCUUUGACAGAGGAACUCGAGAAACUAGAGCAAUCUAUCACUUUGACUCUCCAAGAAAUCGAUCAAAACUUCAGUCAAGCCCACCGAAUCGUGACAACAAGUAUUUUGCCUCUGAUAGAGCAAUACACCGAACAUUCCCGUGAUGUCUGGGAUGGUGCCAAGUUUUGGAAACAAUUCUUCGAAGCGAGCGCCAACGUUUCCCUAUCUGGAUACGAAGAACGACCCGGUGAAGAUGAUACGGUGCAGGAGCCUACGGCAACGGAAGAAGAACUUUCUGCGGACAUAACUCAAAGCACUGCACACGACGAAGACGAGCCCUACGAUACCCCCUCAUCAAAUCGCCAUCAUGUUCCCCAGGGACAUGGACAUGAUCUCGAUCUGACCGAACUCACAAUCUCCUCCCAUAGUACGCCUCGAGCAGCUACCCAUCAGACCGGCGACGACAUGACAAUGUCUUCUAUUGGGCAUUCAUCCUCAUAUGAGGAUUUGAAGAGACAUAUCAAUGAUGCAACGGCACCCUUCGAUAUGCCAGACUCUUCUAACCUUCCAUCAACUCCUGCUUCCUCGGCCAGGUACCAGUCUGCGUCUCGAGAUGGUCGCUACCGAAAGCCAUCUGAUCCAGUUCUACACCAAAUGCUUGAUAAAACCUAUCGUGUUCAAGCUACCCCUCUGGGCAAAGGAUCCCGUAAUCCGGGCGGAGGUACCAAUACUCAUUCUAAAUUUGCAACGACACCGAAGCAAGCCGCUUCUUCAAGGUAUGCAUUUGAUGACUCGCCAAUCUCGAGUCCUGAGCCCGAGGCUCCUCAAAUGCACUCGGAGAUCUUCUCUUCGCCUAUCAAGGGCGUUGAUACACCGGGAACGAACCGCAGGCGACGAACCAGCAGUAACCGUCUACGCGAUAUUCCUAAACCAGGAUUCAGUGUUUUGACUCCUGCAAAGAAGUCUGGUGGCAAUCGUGCAGUUUGGGAUAGCGAUGAUGAUUUCGAUGAUGAUCUCGGCCCCAGUCCUCCUAAAACCAUGCAGUUCCAUAUCCCUCAAAGUCGACUGAUGCAAACACCUGCUAGGGAAGCCUCCAAGCGUAUCGUGGGCGAUCUUUUGGCUACCGCUGGAGCGGGCGACAUUACAGAUGACCUCGACGAUAGUCCGAGUGUUAUUAGACGUACAGAGAGGCUGGAAGAUGAUACCUUUUAA